CCGUAUUUUCAGCCAUCCGAAGUGUGCUCGCAAUUCUCUGUUUGUGAUGGCCUGUCAUGUGACGGGCCAGUAGAUAAGUAAAAAAGGACCCAGUUUCCUAAUAUGGAAGCCCCACUGAUCGAGUGGUUCGUUCUUUCCUUCUUUGUCUUUGAUCUACUUCUCGUCUUUGGUUCUCUUCACUUUCUUCCUCUCUCUCUCCCUCUUCAUCUUUUCUAUCAUCCCGUCUGUCAGAAGCUCCAGUCACAGAAAACUAAAAGGCUGCCAUUACAGUUAUGCCAUGACCGACUCAAAAUGCCGCGUGACUGGUUUUCCGAUGGCCAACUACCAUGCAACUAACAUAACCUUC